GCCCUUGUUUCGCUUUUCGUUUUCCUCUUCUUUUCCAUUUCCAUUUUUAUUUCUUUUACUUUUUGUUUGUUUCGCUGAAAAUGGAUAUUGCCUUGCGUGGCACGGGCACGGGCACGGGCACGGCAUCAACGACUGGAACUGGCACGGGCACAAGCUCUGGUCCUCGCAGCGGCACUGCCGGCAGUGGUCUACACCAUGCUGUGUCAUUGGGCAACAUUGAGGUCUCCGCCAAGGCCACCUAUUCCAGCCACAUGGAUCGCAGCUACGACUCCGAGGAUGAGAACACGGGCCGGCGACGACUCCGUCACACGCUUUCCACCGAGCUGCAACCACGCGCCUCCGUCUACUCGCGCGGCGAUAUCAGGGAACAGUACUGCCUCACAGAUCGACAGCUGCAUAGCAUAGAGCAGCGACCGCGCAGGGAACGCUUCUUUGGGUGCCUUUCGCGGCGCGGACAGACGCAGUCGGGCAGCUUUCUGGGCGGCUGUGUGGGGCGGCGUGUGCCCUCCGAUGAGAAUCUGGCAGCGUAUGCGCCAUUCGAGAAGUAUCCACGAUAUCAAAACAACUACACGGACACACACGAACUGGAUAGUUCCUAUUUUCGACGACAGCCAGCCUCGAUUCUAAGCACGGGAAAGUCGAGUGAGCCGGAUCUGGGUGGACGAUACACCUGGAUAGGACAGCAGGCGGCGCAACAGCAACAGCAGCAGCAGCAGCAGCAAACCAACAACAACACCGAGUACCAAACGAACCAUAGCUCGUAUCACUGCCCCACAUAUGCCACGAUGCCGAACACUCAUCACCAUCAGCAGCAGCAGCAGCAGCAGGCGGGAAGAACCAAACAUGUGAGCUUCGCUCGCUCGCAUACGCUCACCAGCUUCGACAAUGUGAAUGCGGGUUUCCGCUCCUCGGGUCGCUUGAAGACGGCCAGCAGUCAGGAGCGUUUGAUUGGCGGCAAGAAGCCCAUAAUUGCCUCUGGUUCCAUGUACGAGACGCUGCAGCCCACAGUCACAGUGCCACAGAGCUCGACGCUGCCCAAAACCUGGCUGCCACAGUCAGUGCAACUGCAGACAUGUCAGCAUCAUCAUGCGCCCAUUCAUCUGCAUCAGCCCUUGCCGGACAACAUGCUGGGUCUCAUCAUACCACAGCCGCUGCCCAUGGCCUUGCCACCGCCCAGUCCUGAGGUCCUUAUUGUGGAGAAAAAGUUUCGGAAUGCCAUGAAAACUCAGGCCACGCAAACGGAUUUGGCCGCGCGCCGUCAGGCUGGCUACAGCACGCAAAUCAUGUCGUUGAGCCCCAGGCCGCCACAUCGCAUUAAGGUGGUGUCCCAGGGCGCCCAGACCAAUGGCCUGCAGAACGGCAAGAAGCUAACGAAGAGCCUCUCGGAGAUUCCCAACGGCAAGGACGUGCAAACGCAUCACUAUCAACCGGGAGUGAUCUACCCCCACGAAAUGAUCUACCGAACCCAGUCGCAGGAUGUGACUCCACUGCAAACGCUCUCGGAUGCGCAGAACAACAUCAUGUACUACAAGCCGCCGCCUCCGCUCUUGGAUCCCCACAGCUAUGGUCUGGGCAUGGAGCACCUGAGCAGGGGACGUCCCUGUCCGGCCGAACAGAAUGUGGAGUACGUGAACGUGAAUGCCGCGGCGGUGGCCCUCAAUGAGAGCUUCGACUACGAGAGCAACAGCUUGCCGCGACGGGCCUGUAGCUCGCAUGCGCGCACGGAGACGGAUUACUACUCGAACAGUUUGCCCCGCAGAGCGGAUGCCCUGCACGGCCAUGACAUGUGCAAGCAUAUUACGGAGUGUGUGGACUUGAUGCCGGAUCACGGGGUGGCCCUGGACUUUACGCGGCCCCACUUGCUGCCGCCGCCGAGUGAAUACUGCAAGAACGACGACGAGGCGGAGGAUGUGGAGGAGUACUAUGACGACGAGGAGGAGACGCAUCCACACGAGACGGAGAGCUACAGCUCGGAGGUGUGCAUGGAGCAGGCGGCCCGUCGCAUGUCCAUGCUGCCCCAGAUGAUGGACUCGCCCUUUCGCCGGGAUGACCUGCGGCGUCAGUCUAUGCCGGUCUACGGCCAAACGGAGAAGCUCAUCGAUGGCUUUGGGCCGCGCACAUCCUUCCGGCGACGCGACAAGGUGAGCUGCUUUCCGGACGAGCCCCAGGCGGGGGGCAUCAGGCGGGACGAGCAGGAGAUUUUCAUUGACUUCAAGCCGCAUGUCUCGCCCAAGCCGAGUCCCAAGCUCCAGCUGAAGCAUCGAAAGCAGCACAAGGCGGAGAUUGCCAUGCGGAAGAUGCAGCAGCAGCGACUCGCGCAGGCCGCUGCUCUCACCCUCCCGAAGCUGAAGUCAGUCGAAGUUGAGCUGGUGCCCAGCGACGAGGACGAGAACGAGGAUGAGGACGAAGAACAGGAUCAGGAUCCGGACCAGGACCAGGAUGACGAAGAAGAAGCCGAAUCGGAGCGGAACAGAACGGAGAAUGAUCAUCCCGAGGACGAGGAUCCCAUCUAUGAGAACAUUAUCCCGUGUGGCUGCAAGGUUGAGCCACCGCCGCCGCUGCCGCCGCCACUGAUUCUGGAGGACAUUCAGGAUAAGCGGUCGCAGUUCCGCAAGCGAUCCGUCAGCCUGGACGAUGACUAUGCCGCUGCAGCGGGCAUCUUCCCGGCACCCGGACCCGGACCUGGACUCCGUCUGCCCUCCACUCCGGCCAGUCCCUGCCGCGAGGAGCUGCUGCUGGCCAAUGUCUCCACGUAUCCAUCCUCAGACUCGCUGGCCAACGACACGACACGCGAUCACUCUGAUGGCAUCUGGAACGAGUCGCAGGUCACCGUUCUGACCGCCGAUCAGCACAUCUCCGACGGCUCCUACAGCUCCAAUCUGCUGCUGACGCCAUCAUCGAAGCGAAAGAAUCUCCUGCUGCAGCACCAGCAGCGCAGCUCCGUGGACACGGAUGCCUUGGACUUUGAAGAGCAGAGCCCCACCUAUGGCCUACAAACACUGCCAAAGAUCAUCAAGACCCCGACACCGACAACUUCACGGCCUGCCUCCACUCUGCCUCUGGCACCGCCGCCAGCCAUUGCUGUAACCCCGUCGAGCAAUCAGCCGCUGGACUCCUCCAUGGGCUCCUCGCCACUGCCCAAGCGUGCCAUGGUGCCAAGGGGAUCCGUGCCGGAUGCACGUCAGCUCAUGUAUCCGACUGUGGCAGUCAGCAAGCAAAGACACUCGGAUGCCUCGUUUCUGCCCAUGGGUGUACCGGACUAUGCAAGGAGUGCGGACAUCUCGGAGUGCAGCACGAAUACAGAUGAGUAUGCCACCUGUACGGACAACUCGAAGCGUACACCAGUUUCCACUCAAAGCUCACAGCUGGAUAAAACGCAUGCGGGCAGCUCCUUUGAGAGUGCCAGUUCUCUGUACUCCAUGCGGGAGGAUCUGCUCCAUGACGGACCAUCUGAGAGGGAGAAGCAGAUGAAAAUGUCGCAGAGUUCCCUCAAGUCCCCCAUGGGUGGUUCGGUGGCAGAGCUGACACGUAAGUCGCCAUCGCAUUCGAUCAGCAGCACCACAUCCUCGGGCAGCUGUCAGGCCAUCAAAUCUCCUGCCAAGGAAUCCCAGCCACAGACCCAGCCACAGGCGGUGGCCACCAGCCCCUCCACCAGCAGCCAGCAAGUCAAAGUAGCCGCAACGGAGGCAGCGGGGGCAGCAGUGAAACCCAAGCCCGAGUCCAUUUCCGAGGACGAGCGCAGUGAGGUGCGUUAUUCCUCGUCCGGCUACUACGAGAGUCCCCACGACGAGGACGAUGAGGAGCAGGUCACGACCACGUGCAAGGCGCGACGCCUCAAGCACGAGGAUAACAAGAGGCGCAAGACCAGCAUGAAGCUGGACAUCGAGAAGGAGAACAUGCGCGCCCUCACCAGUCCCAUCAAGAAGGCCGUGGCGGGCAAGCAAUCGCUGCAGUCGCCCGAGCAGCACAGCGCUGGCGCCCUGGAGAACGGCAGUCCCAGCAAAAUAAAACGUUUCCGUCCGAAGAUACGACGACAGCUGCGCAAGAGCUCCCGCGAAGAUGUCCUGGCAGCACCAGCAGCUCGACGGACGAGGCCCACUAUCUACGGCCUGAGCAGCGCCAGUGGGGAUACGGAACUGCUGCUGGAUGGCAGCAUGACCACCACACUGGUUCCCAGUCCCAGGCCGAGCAUUGUGCCCACCACAGCAGCCAUAACAACGGAAACCACCACCACAACAGUCAUUGGAGUGGCACCGCCACCGCCGCAGGAGCGGGUGCGGGAGCUGGAGCAGGUGAAGAAGCCACAGCCGCACAGUUGUGCCACUCCCACGUCUCUGCUGUCGCCCAAACUGCCCCCCAUGAGCAGCACCCACUCCAAGUCCGCAUCGGAGACGAUGUGUCAACUGAAAGCCAAGUCCAUCGAGUCCCUGCGUUCGGUGUCGCCCGGCUCCGACUCUGUGUUCUACAGCGAGGCCGAUGGCACGGCGGCCAGUGCCACCGAUCAGGGCCACUGCCAUCACUGCGGCAAGGAGAUGGAGGGCAAGCAGCAGGAUCUGGUAGGUGACUCCGUGGAGUCCAUACCCUACAUCGAACAGGAGGCGGACAUUGUGAAGCCCCCAUCGGACUUUGCCGACUCCCCCGUGACCACCAAAACCACUCAGCGGCUGUACAAGAAAAUGGACAAGCGUUUCCGAUCCGAAGAGCGCUAUCACGCCGGGGAGCGGGGCAGGCACUACAAGUCCCGCCAGGAGAACAUCAGAGCCAAGAGCGAGGAGCGUGGUCGAGCUCCCAGCUUGCCCAAUACCCCAGUUCUGCGUCCUGCUGGCUCCAGUCCCUGUGUCCUGCCCGAUAUCAGCACGGAACAGAACCACCAUAUCAUCUACAAGGGCCACUACGAUGAGGGCAGGUACACUCGCCUCACGGAUGACGAUCUGUGGACGCAGCUGGAUCAUCAGUGUUUCGAUCGUUCGCGGGAGCGCAGGGCCUCCACAGAGUCCGAGAAGGGUUUCCAUGCCAAGUACCAGGUGAUUCUCCAUCGUCUUGUUCAGCGUCGAUGCACUCUGGAGAUGUAUCAUCGCCAGAAGAAUAAUAAUUUCCGCGUGGACAAAACCGUUGUGGUGAAGAGCGAUUCGGGUGAAUUCGGUUUCCGCAUCCAUGGCUCAAAGCCCGUCGUUGUGGCCGCCAUCGAGCCGGAAACGCCGGCGGAGAGCUCCGGCCUGGAAGUGGGCGACAUUAUCAUAUCGGUUAAUGGCGUCCAAGUGCUGGACAAACACCACACAGAGGUCGUGAAGAUCGCCCACGAUGGCUGCGAGAAGCUGGAGCUGCAGGUGGCCCGCACCAUUGGAGUGCUGAUGCACGAGCAGCUGGAGCCACCCAGCGAGCCCAUCUUCAGUGGCUAUCUGUGGCGCCAGAGCGGACAGGCCAAGGGGGCGCCCAAUGCCCAGAAAUGGGUGCGACGCUGGUUCUCCCUGAGGCCGGAUAACUGUCUGUAUUACUACAAAACAGAGGAUGACUCGCAGCCCGUUGGUGCGAUGAUCAUGGCCAAGCACACUGUGGAUCUGUGCCCCGUGGACAUUGGCAAGCCUUUCGCCUUCAAAGUGGACGCUGGCGAGGGCAUUCCCAUGUACGUGGCCGCCGACUCGGAUGAUCUGGCCAACAGAUGGCUGAAUCUGCUGCGCCAGGCCGCCUCCCAGGAUAACCAGUGGCUGGACAAGAGUGCGCGGUGCUUGUACCAGGCUCCGACCAACAUUCAGAGGCCCGAUUGCUUUGGCUAUUUGCUCAAAUUGGGCUCAAGGUGGUGCGGCUGGUCGAAACGCUAUUGUGUACUUAAGGAUGCCUGCCUCUAUUUUUACCAAGACGCAAAUAGCAAGAGUGCAUUCGGAAUGGCCUGCUUGCACGGCUACAAGGUGGCCUCAAUGUCCACGAAUGCGUCCGGCAAGAAGAAUUCAUUCGAGAUAAUACCACCAGAAACGAAAUUGCGUCACUAUUAUUUUUGCACUGAAAGCGAAAUGGAUAAGAAGCGCUGGAUAUCCGCCUUGGAAUACUCCAUUGAUCGCUGGAUUAAGUCCGGGUAACUAAGGUUGAAAACACGCUCCAGAUCGGCCUUGGGCAGCCGUCGAAAGCGUCGAAGUUUUAGCUACUUCAUGGAUUAAAAUUAAAACAAAACAUUGUUCGACACUAGUACGGGUACUACAUUACAUGCAUACAUUACAUACAUACAUACAUAAAUACAUAUAUUUAUAGAGUGUAAGCCAAAGAAAAACCACAAUUAGUUCUAGUCGAUAGAUGAUUGCUUAGUCCAAGGAAUUUAGUCGGUCAUUCAAAGCGGGUUUAAAACUAUUUUGAACAUAUAGUAAAGGCAUACAAUUGAAUUUUUGGUGUGUAUUCUUACAAAAGAUAUAAUAUACACAUAUACAUAUACACAUAAAAAUACUUAUGUUUAGUGAGGUUGUCAUGUCAUACACAUACAUAUACGAGUAUGUAGUAUAUAUUUAGCCACGAGGGAAAACGAGAGAAAUGAUCAUACAGCAGACCAAAAUUGAUUGUCUAAUGUAUAUAGGAAUUCGUAUAGAUUGAAAAUGUUUAGGUAUUCAAAGGCUCAAAGUUUAGAUAAAUGUCUAUUUACAGAAAAAGCGUAAACUAGAGACCAAAAAAUUCGAAAUCACGAAAAGGAAAAAUAAUAUUUCAAAUAUAAUGGAAAAUAUUUACUGUUAAAAAAUCGAAUCCGCAAUGUUUUCCCAUAUUCCCUUAAAUUCCCAUAAACGAUUCAAAGUGAAGGAUUUCUUAGUUAGACACGCUCAAAUUAUGAUACAUGUAGAUUUUUUUAUAAGCUUUGACUUUUUUUUUGAUAAGUUGAGGUUUUUUUUAGGAUGACAGAGACAUUUCCAGAAGCCAGAAGCCACAAGCCACACAUCAUACUAUUUCAUUGUAGAUCAAACAAUAAUUAUAUAGAAUACAUAUAUUUAAUGCAUUCAGAAUCCAGUAGUUACUUUGUCAUUUAAAGAUAUGAUCUUUAAAACGCUGAUUUCCCUUUUUUUGGGUUCAGUGUUCGUAUGAGUGAAAAAGCUUCAUUUUUAGUAAUCAAAAAAAUAAAUAUAUAUAUAUUUUAUAUAUUUUAAAUAG